AUGACUGACUUUGCAGGUCAUGCUUUGCCUGGAGUGACUUUCUUUUUCUUUGGAGUGUGCUAUGCUGUCCAGGCAUCUUUGGCCCUCCUGAGGGGGCAGCGGUUCCUGAGUCCACCACUUCCUCCGAGGGAUAAGAGGCCAAAGGACUGGCGGCAGAACCUCCCAAAGAUCGGGUUGGUGAAGGUUGUCUUCUGUAUCAUUGGCCUCCUGGGAAUUUUCUUCUAUCCAUUAGGAUCAAACAGAUUGGUCCUUAUGGACUGGAAAGACCCUGAGCUGCAGUUCAUGUAUCACAUCUCAUGGCAACAUGGGACCAUGUAUUUCCUCUUUCUCAUCAGUGGACUGGUGGACAUAGUGAGUCAGUGCUGGUUGGCCAGGCAGCAGAUGAAGCUGGAGGUGGCCGCCCUUGCCUUUGCCUUCCAAGGAACCACCAUCCUCUUCAUCUCCCACAUUCAAGGAAGGGAUGCCCUGCAGGUCCAUGGCCACAUCUUGCUGCUGAUCCCCCAAAUUGUGAUUGUCCUGAUUCUGGUGUCUGAACUCUGGUGCCCUGACCAGCCUGUGCUUUGGAUAGCCAAGACGUGGAUGUUUCUCACAUUUGGCUCAUGGUUCCCACAGCUGGGGAGCAUCCUCUAUCUUCCAGUUACUGGCCAUCCUUGGAGGGCAGAUAAACACGGGGAUGUCAUGUUCCUUACCAUCUUCUUCUUCUGGCACCUGAUCCUGAAUGCUGUGCUGAUCGUUGGCAUCUAUGGGCUCUGUAACCUCUGGCACCAUCGGCGCCUUUCUCACCAGAGAGCAAAGGGUGCUGGGUACCAGCUGUGCCCCACAGACGUCAACACCGAAGAGCUAAAGAAGCUAAUGAUUGGGUUAAAUCAGAAAGAUGGUGGAAUCUAA